CCCACUCUGUCUGCACAUGGCUCUGGUACAAACUGCUACUCUGCCUCCUGCACAGCCAUCCUAUGUGCUGAGAGGUCAUAAUGCACAGAUUCACAGUGUUUGCUUUGUGCGCCAUAACACUCGCCUCUUGACUGGUGACGCUGAAGGUUGGCUCGUCCUAUGGAAUCUUGCUUCGAAGCGACCUGUCGCUGUAUGGAGGGGUCAUUCUGCUGCUAUCCUAGCUCUCUCAAGUUGGGCAGAUGACAGGCUGAUUACACAUGGAAGAGACAGUAAGUUGCAUGUUUGGCAACUAAAAGCAUCGGAUGAAUCUACCUUUUCUGCUGUUCUACCUGUAGAAGACUCUGUUACACCCCGCCAUGAGCCAUGGCUGCUACAUACAAUCUCGGUGAACACUCUCAACUUCUGUUCAUUCUCUGCUUGUGAUGCCUCUCCACCAGAGGUUGCUCAGUUAUCUCCUGAUGCCACCGACCAGGCUCUCCUUGUUGCUGUCCCAGGAGAAACUGAAGGCAAUAUAGACGUUUAUUCUUUGCCUUCUAAAGCAAAGCUCAGUACCAUCUGUGCCCCUAGCACUAUCAAGCUAGGUAAAUUAUUUUCUUCCCUUCUUCCUGGGGUUUGC